AUGAAGAACUUCCUCGCCAUCAUUCUCGCGCUUCCGGCUGUCUUUACCGCCCCAGCAGCCAGGGCUGGAAGACAUGUCAAGGCUUGCGCUUGCGCCAAUGACGCUGGCGAGACACAAAUCGGCGGCUAUUGCCCAUACAUCGCCGGCAGCAACGUCAACGUCGAUGGCCAAGAUUAUUGCUUUCCUGCUGCCACUUGGUCGGAGUAUAUGGACACCCGCUUCACUGCCGAGUUCUGCCCCGGCUAUUUCCCGGGCUACCCCAACCCAGUAUGCAAGACUGUCACGGUGUGCCCGUUGAUUGGAGACUACCAGCAGAUCUGUUAA